CGUGCCGUUCGCAGUAUGAGCUGUCAUUCAAGCACAUAUGCACGCCUACUGCCAGUUGACUAGAAGAGAAGACUGUGCCUUACUGUGACACGGUGGUGUGUUUCGCAAUUCGCGCGUCACUGAGCAGCCGGCUUGUAUUCGACCCAGCCUCUAUGGCUAUUUCAGGCUCGUUACAAAGUACAGAAACGCGGGAGCUAUGGGGCGGCGCGGUGACGUGCUCACUGCCGGCAAGGAUGCUGGACGUGAGUGACAUGAGGCCUGUGCCAGACCACCAGGAGAUAUGGGCGGACACGGGCGUCGACCAGGCAGUCAUCUUCGAAAUUGUGGAGCAUGACGCUGCAGUGCCAGACGGCGAGGCAGGGCGGCACAUGUUUGAAGACGCCGCGGUGGGCAAUGAAGCCGUCGCGGCGGCCGUUGAGUCGGUGGCGGCAUUGGGCGUGCAGGACGUGCCGGGUGUGCCGGAAGCGAGCUACCGCUGUGUGGUGCGGGGGCGGCAGACCAUGCGGCGGGGGCAGCAGGCGGCCGACACGUGUGUGCUGCUAGCCGUAUUGCGCCUGCCGCACGUGAGCUCGGACCUGCUGAUCACGCUGAGCACGCCUAGCGCACCGCAGACGCCAGUUGCGGGUGCGGUGGUGUCGGCGCCGGCGCUUGGGGAAGGCGAGCAGCAGGAAUUGAUGGCGGCCGUGCUGCGGUCACUGCGGGUGCAGUCGUGGGAGCUCUUCGGGUAGCGGCGGUAGUCGCGGUACGUAUGAGGGUUGACCUUGACGUCUAACAUUGUUACUAGGAAAGAUACAUGAAUGAAAGUUAUUGCGUGCCCGGGCGUAGUGCGGAGGUGGAGGUCAAGUGGAGCUUGGGAGGCUGACGAGAGGCGAAGUGUGGGGGAAACUGGUGCAUGCGCCAGAAGCCCCGGGGAAUGCUGCCGUAGUUUGGAACCCACUUCCCGAGGAGUGCAGCAGGGGUAGUGAGAUGCAGGAAGAUGGGCUGGACAGUGUCGGAUGCGGCGGAGCGAAGAGACGUUGCCACUGCUGUUGCUCGGCCAGCGCUCGUAUCUUACGAAGGUUUCGGCCGUGGAGUAGCCGCUGGAACCCCCUGUCCUUGGCCAAAAGUGGCCGAAAUACCAAAAAUGUCUUCGUCUGUUUGCCGAAAGACCCCCCAAGAUCCCGUGCGUUUUGGCCGAAAUUCCAAGUCAAGAUCAAAAACUUUUCGUCCGCCAGAGGCCUUUUUGGGCAAAUUUCGUUCCGAACGAAGGAAGAUACGAGCGCUGUGCUCGGCCCGCGCUAUUGACGUGCGUUGCGGAACUAACGCGUACGUAGACCAGAGCGGAAGGCGGAGUGGGCUUGCAGGCGGCAGUGCAGCGCUGUUGUCAUUCCGACCGCAUUCUCCUCGGACUCGGGCAAGGCCACGCCACACAGACUUCAGGCCACGCGUGCGUUAGGGAGCAACGCGACGUUGCGACCGCGGUGCCCCUGUGACGCAGUCCCGCCAGGCCUGAGAGCUAGAGCGUGGGGCGUUGGCGUGCCGACUGCUGGAAGCCGAAACGUGUAUGAACUCACUGCAGAUUGCCACAUGAAUGCCGCACAAGCGCCGUGCAUUGUGUGGUGCAUCUGUCAGCACCAGGCGGUAACGGAACGUCGGAAGGCCUGAUGCCGCACGACCGCAGACGCCGGCAUGCGCGGCGUGUUACUCUGGUAGGUACACUGGAUAUGGAAAUCACAGCCGCACAGGCUGGUCAAUGACUUAAUGUGAUGAAGGCGCUUGCAGCCGAUAGCCCGAGCUGCCUGACCGCCCCGAUGCCGUGACUCGGUAAGCUGUGGAUUCACUUUACGGGGCAGUCCACUGCAACGGGCAGUCCACAUUGAUGUGCCACACCCCUAGACGCCCCAUGUGCCAUGGCUGUGCCGCUGCGGCGCCGUUUUCGUGUGUUGAUCCAGCAAAGGGCUACAUGAUGUCCGAACAAUGCUAGGGCAUCAAGUCACCGAACUAUCGUCUUCCCUUGCGA